CCGCCCCUGCGUGUACUACAAGUGUAUCAGCAUCUACAUACUAGCGUAUCAGCAUGUGUACAAUCACGCGUGUAUUAGCAAGAUCACUGUGUGAGGUGAAUGUCCGGACGCGUAGCCUAGCGGCUCCUCGUCCGGAACCGGUCGCGUAGCCACCGCCUAUCUAAUAAACAUAAGUGUCAUCUGUCAAACCAGUUUCUUUCUUUGAUUAAUCACUCACACAUCGAAGAGUGUAACACCCGGGUACGUACCACACUAUACUUGUCGACCAAACCUAAGCCUAUGCGCCAGUAAAGUGAAGCGUGCUCAUACUACAUUGUGUCGCCUUCUCUAUUGGGAAACGGUGGCGUUUCUACAAGCAAACUGCGAUAUUCAAUAAUAAAAGUCGAUAUGCGCAUAGACUGGCUGACGCGAAAGCGUACCUGUGUACAGGUUACAGCGGGUGCACUAUUCGUUUUGCUGCUACUGCUAGUCGGCCUGGUUCAACUGCAACUAGCGCCUGGAAACUGGAAGGAGGACUUUUACCUGGAGGUUGCGGUGCUCGCGUACGACCGGCCUGCGUCGCUACGGCGUCUGCUAGCGUCGCUCGAGGAAGCCGCGUACGACAACGAGCGCAUCACGCUGCACAUCUGCAUCGACAGACCGAAGGCCGAAGACAAGCUAGCCGGACAUCGCGAGGCCGUGCAGGUGGCCGAGCGAUUCCAGUUCACGCACGGUGAGAAAGUGUUGACAGUGCGCCCUCGUAACGUCGGCGUAACCGCGCAAUGGUUAGACUGCUGGAACCCGGACGUCUCUCCCGGCAAUUACGGACUGAUAUUAGAAGACGAUAUGCGACUGUCGCCGUACUACUACCGGUGGCUGAAGGCCGCGUGUAUUACUUACGGCGGCUACAGCGACGGCGGGAACAUCGUCUUGUCUAGACCCAGGGCGGCAUUGCCUAUCACACAAGUAUGGCGUGACCCUCUGUGUACGGUUUGCGAGAACCUGACAGCUUUUCUCUAUCGUAUACCCCGACUCUGGGCCUACGCUCCCAUGCCGAACCACUGGAGGCAAUUCAGAGACUGGGUAUUACCUCUAUUGUCGAUCAACCUCACAACGGACAGCGAAUUCAUUCCGUAUGUUCCCGAUCAGAAUGUCGUCAUGAAUCGAUGGCUAACCAAUGGUAUUUUGCACGGACAUGUAGACAUCGAGUUUUACAUGUAUUAUUACCAGGCAACACGCAAGACGUUCUCGCUGUAUGCAUACCUGCCGCAAAACAAGUCGUUUGCAUGCAACCACCGAGAACUCGGGGUAAACGUCAAGCCUGCAACGUUUGUGGGAAAAUGCGAUUCAGAGCCGCUCACAAUGUGGGACGAUGAAUAUAUUCGGUUUCCGGCAAAUCCUGUACGCCUCGAUUUGGAUGGAAAUCCCGUGGAUUAAAUCCACAACUGCUCUAUGGUCUGUUUAUCAGGUGGAUGAUGGAGGAUCCGACUCCGGUGAAUUAUAGGCAAGUUAAAUCACAAUGAAGGAUGGCGGAAACCAACCUAGGUACCAUUAAAUAUAGCGGCUACUUCUGAAUAUAGGCCCUAUCAUCUAUAGGCUGCUAAGGGCUGCCUUUAAUUACAACGACUUCCUGUAAAUAAAAGUGAGGUAUGCAAAUAAGAAAUAUACCAGAGAAAUUAAUAUUAUCUAGGUUAGAUCGCAACCGAGCUUUCCAUACAUUGAGAAUUGACCCAAAAUAAUAGGAAUAGAAAACGAAUGUUAAUUCGAUGCCCUUUUGUCACUUAAUUGUUUACGUAGAUAUACAUUUGAAUAUCAUUAUCUUGUACUUUUCGUUGUACGAAAGUGUGAUUUAUUCGUUUACGUACACUUUUGAAUAGCAUUAUCUUGUAUUUUUCCUGUUCUUAUCUCGGCUCACGAUAUAUAACUGUUAUAUGAGGGUAUGCCAUGCAUGGUAGGUUUGUAAUAAACUAAAGUGUAAUGUUUCAGCCACCA